CGGUCGUCUCAGGCACCCUAGGCAACGCCGACGCUCCUCCCAAUUCGUCCAUUAAUUGCUCCUAACUCUUCCAAAAAAAAAAAGUCCUUAAGUUGGAGCUUUUCUCCUUCCAAAACCUUGGAAAUGGUCCCCAAUUAAUUCUCUCUUUCGCUCUCUCUGUCUCUCUCUCUCUCCUGUUUUUUCCGUGUGUUGACUUUAUCGUUUUGAACAACUGGGCGUCACCUUUUACUUCGCUUCCAAUAUAUAUUAUAAGGAAAAGAAAAGCUCACAUUCAUAGUUAGAUAUCCAAAUCUCAAGCUCUCAAAGAAGGCUAACAUUGAUCACCAAUCAAGCCUUAUUGCACUCCUUGAGAAACCCAAAAGAGGCCAUCUCUCUCUCUCUCUCUCUCUGUGGAAAUAGUCAUUCAAAGAAGGAUCUCAGCUGAGAUUCAAUGUGUACUUCAAACACAAGCACAUCAAUGGAGGACCACGACAACGGUAACGACAUCGAUGUGCCCACCCAUUUUCUAUGCCCCAUCUCCUUGCAACUCAUGAGAGAUCCCGUCACCGCCUCCACCGGCAUAACCUACGACCGGGAGAGCAUCGAGCGGUGGCUGUUCACGUUCAGGAACAGCACUUGCCCCGUCACCAAACAGCCGCUGAGCUCCGACGCCGACCUCACCCCGAACCACACCCUUUGCCGCCUCAUCCAGGCCUGGUGCACCCUCAACGCCUUCGAGCGCAUCCCCACCCCGAAGCCACCCCUUGACAAGGCAGCCAUUGUCAAGCUACUUGACGACGCCAAGAAGAGCCCCCACACGAGGCUCGCGUGUCUCCAGCGGCUCCGGUCCAUCGCCCUCGGGGGUGAUGGCAUGAGGAACAAGAAGUGCUUGGAUCAAGUCUCGGCUGGGGUCCUUGAAUUCUUGGCUUCGAUCAUCAAGAACGACGAGUCAACGCUCAUCGAGGUCAGUGGUUCAAGCGAUGGUACCAAGCUGGCGCAAGCGAGCGAUGAGGCGCUCAACAUCCUAUGCCAUUUGAACGUCUCCGGAUCAGAUCUCAAGAGGCUGAUGAUAAAUGACGAUCUCACAGGAUCAUUGAUGCGUGUGCUCAGAAGCGGAAGCUAUCAAUCUAGGGCAUACGCGAUGAUGAUCCUGAAGUUGGCCUAUGAGGUGGCAGAUCCGAUCCAACUUAUGAAUGUUGGACCCGAAUUCUUCGGCGAACUGGUCAGAGUGCUCAAGGACCAGAUCUCGCAGCAGGCAUCGAAGGCCGCAUUGAAGCUAAUGGUGGAGCUCUGCCCAUGGGGGAGGAACCGGAUCAAGGCAGUCGAGGGCGGUGCAGUCCUGGCCCUUGUCGAGCUCCUGCUCGACAUAAAAAGCGUGUCAGCAGACUCGAAGCGGGCCUGCGAACUAAUCCUGAUGGUACUGGACCAGCUGUGCGGGUCUGCGGAGGGGAGGGCGGAGCUGGUGGCACAUGGGGCGGGGCUGGCGGUGGUGGCGAAGAAGGUGCUGAGGGUAUCGCACGUGGCGAGCGACCGGGCAGUGAGAAUACUGGCGUCGGUGUCGAGGUUCUCAGUGAGCGCUCGGGUGCUGCAGGAGAUGUUGCAGGUCGGGGCAGUGACGAAGCUGUGCCUGGUGUUGCAGGUGGACAGCGGGUCGAGGACGAAGGAGAGGGCGAGGGACAUUCUCAGGUUGCAUUCUAGGGUUUGGAGGAGCUCUCCCUGCAUUCCUCCUCACUUGCUCUCAUCUUAUCCAACACCAUCUUCUUGAGAAAAAGAGAAAAAGAAUGAUCAAGCCAUGUGUACAGAUUCAUAUAUGGUGGUUGAAAUUUUGGUGCUUCUUUUCUUUCAUCAUUAUCAGAGCCUUAUUAGAAUUCUAUUCCAAUGCAAUAGACAGACUGAAAGUCUGAAAGCUUCAUUCACCUUUUCCUUCAAUGACAUAAAACUCAUCUUAGGUGGAAUAUUUGGGGAGCUGGAAAUGUCAUAAAUAGCAAUAGAGAGUUGAUUGAUCU